AUGAAGACCCAUCGGCUGUUGUAUUUGGCUGGCACAAAGAAGAUAACAAACACCUCCUAUGUGCUUCAAUAUCCGUUCAUAAAAUGGAGGAUACAAUCAGGCGAAGCUGACAAAUACGACCCAAAAAUUGCAUUUGACGAUUUCUCUAUUGCACAUGAAAACGUUAUUUGUGUUAGAAUGAGAGGAGAGGAGAAAGAUGGCUGUAAUGGAUCUAUUGAGCAGCCCCAAAUGGGGGGUGCUGGAGUGGCCGAUGAAGGGGCGACGCAGCGACAACCAGCAGGAAGAAGCCACGACAGCGAUGAGUCGGUGAAGACGCGCAUGGAAGAAACCGGCAGGGACGAACCGGCGGUGGGAGACGGUGCAGGCGAAGCAGAGGGAGUGGGAUCCAAGAAUGGCGACGAUGGCUGCGGAGUACGGACGACAGGAAGAGCAUGGCGGGUGGAGGAACGCUCGCACUUCAUGGAUGCCGGCGUGGCGGCACGGAUGGAGGCGCGCAGGCUCAGAAGCAGAGCCAUGGGGCCGCUCAGUCAUGGGAGGAGGGCCGCGUGCGAGUGGUGGCCGCUCCUACCGCGAGCGCUGACCCGGCGAGCAGGGGGCGGCGCGCAGGAGCGGGCAACGCGCAGGACGCUCGGGAAGGGCAGGCUGCGCCCAGAAGUAGAGCCGCGCCUCCAGGCCUACGAGAAGCCAUUGGCGCCUGAAGAGGAGCAAUGGGAGGAGUGA